AUGGCCGAGAAACGUGAGCCGAUCAAAGUGGACCCAGUUGACGCUGGAGAGCUCUCCGAAAUCGACAGCUUGGCUCAUUUGGCAUCUCAUGUAAGUUGUAAAAUGAAUUUCUUUCUAAAUUUGCUGAAUAAAGGAAGGAGAUGGACGUCUGUUCAAAAUGGAGAUCGAUUACACGAAGCAAGUCGACGAAGCGUUGCUCAAAGCGCGAGAUCUCGCCCAGAAGGACGUUGUGGCUGCUGUGGAAAGCUUGAACAAUAUUGAAAAGCUAACUCGUCUUGGAGCAGAUAUGAAAAGCAAUACUCGUGUUGUUCAGUACAUGGUAAUUAUCUACUUUUCGCACAAUUUUUAACAUUGGGUGUUCCAGGCGAAGCUCUGCUUCGAAGGACAAAAAUGGGAUCUUUUGAUGGAGACAAUUAUGACUCUGUCUAAAAAGAGACUUCUCAUCAAGAUGGCAAUUGCUAAGAUGGUCCGUGAUGCCGUUGUCAUGAUCGAUAAAAUGCCAACCGAGGAACUCAAAAUCAAGCUGAUUGAGACCCUUCGGACUGUCACCGCCGGAAAAAUCUACGUGGAAGUAGAGCGGGCUCGUCUCACCUCGAUGGUUGUCAAGAAGUUGGAAGCUGAGGGAAAAGUCGAUGAAGCCGCCACGAUGCUUCUUGAGCUGCAAGUGGAGACGUACGGAUCCAUGGAAAUGCGUGAGAAAGUGUCGUAUCUGCUGGAACAGAUGAGAUACUCUCUCGUCCGCAAUGACUACGUUCGUGCCACUAUCAUCUCAAAGAAGAUCAACAUCAAGUUCUUCGGUAAAUUUGACACCGAUGAGGUGCAGGAUCUGAAGCUAAAGUAUUACGAUACCAUGAUCCGCAUCGGACUUCACGAUAGAAACUAUCUGGAUGUGUGCCGUCAUUUCCGCGAGAUUUAUGAGACCAAGAAGAUCAAGUCGGAUCCAGUGAAGGCUACUGCGGCCCUCAGGUCCGCAAUCGUCUACUGCCUUCUGGCUCCGCACACCAACGAACAAUGGGAUCUUCUGAACAGAAUCUCUAUCCAACGAGAAUUGGAGACUGUUCCAGAAUACAAGGUUUGUCUUAAUUUCCAAUUGGCGUUACAAAAACAGUUUCAGAUUAUCCUGGAUCUGUUCAUCAACCAAGAGCUUAUUUCAUUCAAAGCAACCAUUGUAGCCAAGUACGAGAACUGCUCAGACGAGGAACAUCGACCGUCCCCGAUACUGGAAUCUUUGAUAAGUCUGCCGAAGGAGAGAAGCGGUGGUCCGACUUGCACCUUCGCGUUGGAGAGCAUGUAAGCUUUAAUAUCUAUCAAAUUUUAGAAAAACCAACAAAUUUCAGAACAUGCGAAUGAUCGCCAAGUACUACACCCAAAUUACAUUCGAACGUCUGGCCGAGCUGCUCGAUUUCCCAGUGGACGAGAUGGAAUCAUUCGUGUGCAACCUGAUUGUUACCGGACAAAUCUCCGGUGCUAAACUUCAUCGCCCAUCUCGAAUUGUGAAUCUGCGUCUGAAGAAGGCCAACGUGGAGCAGUUGGAUGUGUGGUCAAGCAAUGUGCACAAGCUUACGGACACUUUGAACAAGGUUUCGCAUCUCAUCCUCAAGGAGCAGAUGGUUCACAAGAACCUCGAUAUGUCGUUGCCGCCACAUGCUCGCAUCAGUGCGAUAUAA